CUGCGCUUCUCCCACUUCUCUAGGGGUGGGAGGAAGGGCUGAAAGCCCGCCGGGGCGCGGAGUCCCCUCGGUGGCCAGGUCGGGAGCAAUUCUAGGCAGUGGAAUCACCCGCUCCGCGAGGGAGGGGCGGUACCCGCCCGGAAGAAGCCUGCGGCGGCGCAGAGGUGCCAGCAGGGGGCGCGGGCCGCUGGGCCACCCCCGGGGCUAAAGGCCGGUGGUCCCUCCCAGGUCUGAAGUGCGGCGUGGCCGCGCCGCCCGAUCCGCAGCCCCCCCGCCCUUGCUCUCACCUCGUCACCUCCCCGCCCAGUCGGCGGGCCCCUGAGGUGCGCGGCGCAGGCGUGGAACGAGGCGUGACAUGUAUUACGUGUGCAGUUUAAGUGGGGAAGAUGGAAUGAAUGAGAAGUUGCCUGUGAUUCAGAAUCUUCCGCAAGAGAGGAAAACUAGUGAGCAAAUGUUUGUAUGACAUCUCUGAGUAAAACGCCAAACUUCUUCAUCGGGGUACUUAUGUAUACAAAAAGCCCAUAAGAAUAUUUGCCGAAAUGAUGGAUGGCAUUUUUUUACUAUCUGUGAAAACUCCCUAUAAUUCCAUUUCUCCUCACCACAGUAUUAAGACAUACCAAAUUGAAAAGAUAUGAAUGAAUAUCCUAAAAAAAGAAAAAGGAAGACAUUACACCCUUCUCGUUACUCAGAUUCCUCUGGAAUAAGCAGAAUUGCAGAUGGAUUCAAUGGAAUUUUUUCUGAUCAUUGUUACAGCGUUUGUUCUAUGAGACAACCAGAUUUAAAAUAUUUUGACAACAAAGAUGAUGAUUCUGAUACAGAGACAUCAAAUGACUUGCCAAAAUUUACAGAUGGGAUCAAGGCCAGAAAUAGAAAUCAGAACUACCUAGUUCCCAGUCCUGUACUUAGAAUUCUAGACCACACUGCCUUUUCUACAGAAAAAUCUGCUGAUAUUGAAAUUUGUGAUGAAGAGUGUGACUCACCGGAAUCAGUCAACCAACAAACUCAAGAAGAGAGUCCUAUAGAAGUUCACACCGCUGAAGAUGUUCCAAUUGCUGCAGAAGUACAUGCAAUUUCUGAAGAUUAUGAUAUAGAAACAGAAAAUAAUUCCUCUGAGAGUCUCCAAGACCAAACUGAUGAGGAGCCGCCAUCCAAACUUUGCAAAAUUCUUGACAAGAGCCAAGCUUUGAAUGUGACUGCCCAGCAGAAGUGGCCUUUACUGAGAGCUAAUAGCAGUGGCCUCUAUAAAUGUGAACUUUGUGAGUUCAACAGCAAAUAUUUUUCUGACUUAAAGCAGCAUAUGAUCCUGAAACAUAAGCGUACUGAUUCAAAUGUGUGUCGAGUAUGCAAGGAAAGUUUCUCUACCAACGUGCUUCUGAUC